AUGCCGACCGCUGCAGAAGAGAAGACGGCGGGCAGAAUCAUGAAGAUUCAGCCGGCAGAAGCCGACUCCGACAUGCCACCGGCACGGUUCUUGGAACCCGAGACGGGCACCCUGGCCGCUUCUGAUGAUCCCAAGGCCUCCGCCCCGUCUCCGCCGUCGGCUGCGUGGAGUGAUAUCGUGGCGUUCCUUGAUAAUCCGGAACCGGCCAUGGCAGCUGCUUUUUCGUCUCUGCCGACUUCUGAUCUGCUCCGUCUCAGUGCGGGUACUUUGUCUGCCAUUUCCGCCAGGCUGGCCUGGUACGAUGGCAGCACCGCCCCCGCUCUGCCUCCGGUCAUUCCGACCCCGCCUCCUUCUGUUGGAGGUCGCACGGGUCCGCCGGUGAAGGAGCCUCCCGCCAAAGGCGCAAGUCAGGCAGCAGGUCCGAUUCCGCAGCAAAAGGCCUGCCCUUUGCCGCAUCCCAAGCUGAACGCCCCGCCGGCCGCUCCCGUCCGCGCCAACCCUUUGGCGGACGUUGCUUCCGGUAGCAGUCGCACCCGCAGCUGCCGGGUGGGCCGCACAGCUCGACCCACGCAGUCUGCCUCCGGACACCUACCGGUGGGUCGAUGUCACUCCGCGUCUGCCACCGCAGCUCAGCUCUUCUCCCUGGAGCUCCAGGGAGGGUUGGCAGAUCCGCGUGAACACUCCGACAACCGCCGGAGUGUGGCACAGGCCGAAUUGGCGGCCUUUUCCGGAUCUGUUUUGUCUGCGUCCGGUUACUGCACCCACAUCUGCACCCGCCUGGCCACGAAUUCCCAGGGCAACAGGUGCCUCGGUGAGCCAUCUGUCCGUCUCCGCUUCCGCUCUGCGUCCGAUGCCGUAAGUGCUCGGCUGCUGGGCUGCCUCUGGUCACGGCCUGCCCCCCUUUUUUCAAGCAUCCGUAAUCGAGGGCGUGCCUCUGGUUCCCCUCUUCCUUCUGCGGCGCAACCGGGACGUCGGUCUCGGAAGCGGCGUCAGCGACAGAAGUCGGCGACCGCAGCGGAGCCGGGCCGGGAGCGGAGCCCUCUGCAGGACGCAGAGGGUGCGAUUCCGAGGUGGAGUCAGAAGGAGAGGGCUCGCAGGGCCGGCGGUCCGCAACGGGAGCAGAUGAAGCCGUCAUCGCAGGCGGACAAAAGGAGAGGACGAGAAGGGGGCACGGCAGACGUGAGCAAGACGGCUGCGGCAGAAAACACGUCCCUCAAGAGCAGAAGCAACUGCAAGUACAGACAGACCUGA